AUGAAGUUGUUCGUUAGAAAAGAGCCCAGAGCUAUAGCGCUUGCCUCAAACGAUUAUGUGUUGGUAUUCGAAAGGUCAAAAAACAACCCAAAACAGCCCCAAGUGAAAAAUGCGCCGCCAACGAUCAUGGUGAAGACCAUGUCGGAGGCAUCACUAGUAAACGGUGGUGGUUUUGUCGAAUGGACAGCAUUUUUGAUUAAGGGGCUCCUAGGGGUGAUCCAUGUUCGCAACCAAGUCUUUAUCGGAUUAAUUACUGGGGUGAAGGACGUAGCCAAACCACGGUGGAGGAUUAGAGAUGGCAAAAUGAAAAGCAUUGAAUCCAUUUUUCAAAUUCUCAGCGUCAAUUUUUACUGCUUGGACUCGCCGCUGUAUGAUCAGUGGCUCUAUUAUGUUUCGGAAAUCUGUCAGGAGAAGUUACUAACGGAGCAUCCAUGCGCACCACUUAAAAAACUCUUUAGCGAUGGUACGUUUUAUUAUUCUAGAGAUUUUGAUAUCAGUAAUGUAUUGCAGGAACGAGGAUUAAAGCAUAGAAUCGAGAAUACCAUCGAGAACCAGGAGAAAAAAUUCAUAUGGAAUUUGAAUCUCAUGUCAGAGAUCUUGCAACUCCGAGGACGUAUUACGCCUGCUGAGCUACAAGCAUUUGAUGGAGGCCAGUUUCUCACUUUUUUAAUCCGAGGUUUUUGUAAGACAGUUUUCGCGAAUGAGAUUCAUAGCCCGACCUCUUUGACUCUAAUAUCUAAAACCUCCAUUGAAGACCUCGACAGCAUUAACGAUUUCCAGAAAGGGAUUGAUGAAGAGGGUAAUGUUGCGAGAUUUAUUGAAAGCGAGCUUAUAAUUCAAACAGAGCGUUACCUAUUUGCCUACGUACAGACAAGUGCUGAUAUUCCGCUCUCCUGGGAAGUCGUAGAAGGUCAAUUGUUGCAUAGUAAGAAGCUGAAGCUUACCAAAAGCCCUGAGCGCAUACAAGCAACAUUCGAUAGACACUUUGAUGAUAUGAUUUCUCGCUAUGGUGUGAUCAGCAUAGUAAACCUCGUUAAGCACAGAAGCUCUUCUCAAGAAACUUUAAGUGGAGCAUAUAAGGCAUGCGCGGAAGUUAAAGAGCUCCAUUAUACCGCAGUCGAUUAUCCUGUCGAUGUAAUUAAGAAGUCACCAUACAAAUUAAUGUACUUUUUGAGAGAUGAUAUAUAUGAGUUUGGGGCGUUCGCAUAUGAUAUUGCUAGAGGUGUCUAUGUCGGUAAGCAAACAGGCUCUUUUCGUGUUAGUGCGGUAGAUGCCACUUCAAAAAUGAAUUUGGUUGAGAUGUGCAUAAGCAGAGAAGUUCUAGACUUGACUACUGACGAACUAGAAGAUUUUGCAAUAACAACAAGUUUGGUGAAGAAGCAUGAAGCUCUCUGGUCUGACAAUGAUUUUUGGCUUCAUCGUAUCCACACGAAAAAUAUAAAAAAUCCAGCCAAAUAUAAGAAAGUUUACUCGCAGGUCUUUAGUCUGUCGUCGAAAGUACUCUUGUAUGAUCCGUUGCAUGCACAUAUCGCGAAGUGUUUAAAGAAGUUAAAGAACGAGUACACCUAUGAAAAAGAGAUAAGCAUAUUCGCGGGGACCUUUAAUGUUAAUGGUAAGCAAUGUAAAGACGAAGCUAUGGGUACGUGGCUAUUUCCUCCUAAUGGUGAAUCUGAAGGCAAUUAUGCCGACAUAUAUGUUAUAGGCCUAGAAGAGGUAGUUGAAUUAACUCCCGGACAUAUGCUAUCUACCGAUCCAAUGUCGAAACAAUUCUGGGAGAAAACAAUACUUCGACACCUAAAUUCCCAGGAGGGGAGGCACUAUAAUUGUAUUGGAACCAAUCAGCUUGGAGGGGUUUUGCUGUUACUCUACGUCAAUGAAUCCGAAUGUUCCAAGAUAAAGCAUUUAGAGUACGACGUAAAGAAAACCGGUUUUGGCGGGAUUUCCGCAAAUAAAGGAGCUGCUGCUAUCCGGUUCAUGUAUUCUGCCACUAAAUUUUGCUUUAUAGUCUCUCAUUUAGCUGCAGGCUUGGAAAACGUCGAGCAGCGGCACAGUGACUACAAAACGAUUAUGAAGAGCAUAGGAUUUUCACGAGGUAAACGCAUUAAGGAUCAUGACGGUAUUAUAUGGAUGGGAGAUUUCAACUAUAGAAUUCUAUUGUCAAAUGAAGAGGUAAGACGAGCGAUAUUAGAAGGAGAUUAUGGGAAAUUAUUCGAGAAAGACCAGUUAAAUCAGCAAAUGAUCGCCGGUGAGUCGUUCCCAUAUUUUAAUGAGAUGGAAAUAACAUUUCCACCAACCUACAAGUUUGACCCUGGCACCAAAAGUUACGAUACUAGCGAGAAGAUGCGUAUACCCGCUUGGACUGACAGGAUCUUAAACAGAGGAGAAAUUCUAAAAGCCAUCUCUUACGGAUGCGCCGAAGAUGUGAUAUUUUCCGAUCAUAGACCAGUGUACGCGACGUUCAAGGCGCGCACGACUGUAGUAGAUGAAGAGCAAAGAGGGCAGCUGUCGCGUAUUAUUCAUGAGAGGCUCACGGAGAUGUUUAGCGGCUUAAACGAUGAACAAAAGUACGCAUUUUUGGUCGAUAGCGAACUAAUUGUCGACAAAAUAGAAAUGGAGGGAAAGCUGCCAUUAGUCUCACAGGUUAAAAAGGGUAAGAGACUUCCUCCACCUAGUUCUGACUUGCGGAAGUGGUGGAUUGGCAACGGGAAGCAGGUUCGAAUCACGCUAGACGUGGAUCCUAAAAAGCAAAUGCUUAAUCCGGAACGUCCUGUCAAUCCUUUUAUUCCAGGGGAAGACGGGCAAGCAUACGUCGUUCCAAAAAGCCGACUUAAUAAUUAG